GGUGUCCAGCAGACAGUUGAUUACAAAAGAUUGUAAUUUAACAAAGAUAACCCCUUCCCAUUUCAUGCUGUCAGCAAUGGCACCACAUGGAAGAGAAAUGUCACAAGGCCUGAGAAAGAAAAUAAUUUGUUUACACAAGAAAGAUGAAUGCUACAAGAAUAUCAGCAAAGCUUUACUUAUCAGUCAGAAUACUGUAGCAAUAGUAAUACAAAAAUUUAACAAAGAUGGAACUGCAACCAUAUCACAAAGACGUCAAGGUCGUCCAUGGAAGUUAACAUUUCAACAGGAGUGUUUUCUGAUAAGAAGGGUUGAAGAAAAUUCCCAUGCAAAUAUUCUGCAGUUAGCUAAAGCAGUAGAAAGCCAAACUGAGGUGAUUGUUUCUCAUGACAUGGCAUGC